AUGUCAGGAGUAACCCUUAUUCUUAUCAUCUUUCCUAAUGUAGCUAAAGUCAGCUCAGUUUCACCACAGCUGGUUAAUGGUCACAUAUACGAUCCGGUUAAAGAACUCGUAUCCAUUGUUGAUAAUAUAGAAAGUCUGUUCAAGAAUCUAAACCAAGAAGCUUUAAAUCUAAUGGAAGUCAACGACGGUGGCAGGAUGGAACGACUCAGCCCUAACUGGGCUGAGAUGACUAGGGAAUGUCUUCUCGACAUCUUCUCACGGCUUAGCCAGGAAGAAAGAUGGAUGGGACCGAUGCUUGUCUGCAAGACUUGGAUGAACACAUGCCAUGAACCGUCACUCAACACGAUCUUCGAUCUGGAAACUCGGUUUCAGUCAUUCCCUGAGUCAAUCAACUGGUGGACUCCCGAGUUUGAAGACAAGGUCGAUGCCUUCCUCAGAUCUGUCGUUGACUUGAGCGAAGGUGGCCUCACAGAGAUUCGUGUUAGGCACUGCACAGAUCGCUCGCUAUCUUACGCUGCUGAGAGAUGUCCUAAGUUAGAGGUGCUUUGGAUCAAGAGCUGCCCUAACGUCACUGAUGAAUCAAUGACAAAGAUAGCAACAAACUGUCCAAAUCUUAGAGAGCUUGAUGUAAGCUACUCUUAUUGUAUAUCUCACGAGUCUCUAUCCACGUUGGGGAGGCAUUGCCCGAACCUAGAGAUCUUGAAACGGAAUCUGUUUCCUCGGCAAGGUCCCAACGUGCAUACAAUUGUAGCACCGGUUGAUUAUAUACUAGCAUUUCCAAGAUACGGUAACGUAGAGGCUCAUAUAAUAGCGAGACACAUGCCUAGGCUGAAGCACUUGGAGCUUCAAAACUGUACAAUGGCUGUUAAAGGUCUAACCUCGAUUUGUAAAGGAUGUUCUGAUCUAGAGUACAUGGACUUAUCCGGGUGUCUGGCCUUGACAAACAGUGAUAUAACGAGAUUAACAUGGAGCUUGAAGAGUUUGAUGCAGAUCAAGAAGCCUGACUUCAACCGUCCUGUUGAUAUUUUGCGUCUUCCAAGGAAUGAUAAUUGAAGAAAGUUGACUUUACUUGUUUAUACUUCCUUUUAUGACAUUGAUGGAGUUCAAACAUUAAUACAUGGCAUAGAUGUUUGUGUUCUGUUUUAAUUAUUUCUGUUAUUUUGAUUAUGUUAUUUGCUUAUUGGUGUUGAUCUUGCUGUAAGAUUUGCUUCUUGUGUUUUUCUAUUU